AUGCCGCCGGUGGCACGAUCGCCUUGCGCGUGUCAAAGCCUCCCAUCGGAGCGACUGAAGGUGCUGGCCUGCCUGAACGCCCUGAGAGAGCAGUGCAUGGACGUGAUGAAGGUUUUCAACGAUCCAAUUCAUGGUCACAUUGAAAUACAUCCCCUUCUGGUUCGAAUCAUCGACACGCCGCAGUUUCAGCGCCUCCGAUACAUUAAGCAGCUGGGUGGCACUUACUUUGUUUUUCCAGGAGCCUCUCACAACCGCUUUGAACACUCCAUAGGGGGGGGGGCAGGGUGUCUGGUUCGUGCACUGAAGGAGAGACAGCCAGAACUGGAUAUCACCCAACGAGACAUCCUCUGUGUAGAAAUUGCUGGGCUUUGUCAUGAUUUGGGUCAUGGGCCAUUUUCACACAUGUUUGAUGGAAGAUUUAUUCCACUCACACGUCCAGAUUUGAAGUGGAAGCAUGAAACUGCUUCUGUUGAAAUGUUUGAGCACCUGAUCACUUCCAAUAAACUAGAAGAAGUCAUGAAGUCCUAUGGUCUUGUCCUGGAAGAAGACAUGAACUUCAUCAAGGAACAAAUAGGAGGACCUAUAGAUGAAACCGCUUGUGAGGAAUCGUGGCCCUACCUUGGUCGACGGAAGGAGAAAAGUUUCCUAUAUGAGAUAGUGGCGAACAAAAAGAACGGCAUUGAUGUUGACAAAUGGGAUUAUUUUGCAAGGGAUUGUCAUCACCUAGGAAUCCAGAAUAAUUUUGAUUAUAAGCGAUUACUUAAAUUCACUCGAGUCUGUGAAGUAAAAAACCAGAAGCAUAUCUGUACCCGUGACAAGGAAGUUGGAAAUUUGUAUGAUAUGUUCCACACACGCAAUUGCCUGCACCGGCGAGCAUACCAGCAUAAGAUUGGCAACAUCAUUGAAAUAAUGAUUACGGAAGCCUUUCAAAAAGCAGACAAAUUUUUUAAAAUAGAAGGCUCUGGAGGGAAACUGUACCAGAUUUCUACAGCAAUGGAGGACAUGGAAGCCUACACUAAGCUAACUGAUAAUAUCUACCUGGAAAUUCUGCACUCAAGUUGUCCAGAACUGAAGGAGGCACAAGAAAUUUUGCGUAAAAUAGAACGACGUGAAUUAUACAAGUUUUUAGGAGAGACUCAACCUGAAACAAUGAGGGAAAUUGUUAAGAGUAAUAGCCUGGCAGAAAGCAUUGCUAAUUCCAAGCCAGAAAAGGAUCCUCCAGAUGUGGAGCUAAAGGCUGAAGAUUUCAUAGUCGAUGUUAUCAAUAUGGAUUAUGGAAUGAAAGAGCAGAACCCCAUUGAUAAUGUUCUCUUCUAUUGCAAGGCCGAUCCUUCCCAGGCAGUCAAGAUCAGCAAAGAGCAGGUUUCAAAGCUUUUACCCAUGACGUUUGCAGAGCAGGUUAUCCGGGUUUAUUGCAAAAGUCAGGAUCCAAAUAUUGUUUCAGCUGCAAAACAGUAUUUUAUUCAGUGGUGUAUAGAGAAGGAUUUCACCAAACCACAGGAUAGUGACGUGGUUGCCCCUCACCUAACUCCAAUGAAGAAAAGCUGGAAUAACUCGAGAGACGGUGAACACAGGACAGCUUCAGAACCCAGCUGCAAACAAAGGCUUGCUUUUCACAAGUAACGCUGCUCCUUUUGCACUCUUCAGUCUGCUUCUCCAGGAGAGGAGGAAACCCGCGCAGCAGCUCUUGUAAAAGCCAGUUGAAUGGACU